AUUACCGAAUUUCUCGGGCAUUGUGUGGAAAAAUUGCCGUGUGCGCCGUGUGUAGUGAGAGAUACCAAUCACAAUACCGGGCGCGUGUGUGUGUGUGACGCAGUGUGGGCGUAGUAGGUUGGAACUUGGAAGUGGUUUGAAGUUACAGUAAGGAAACCUCUCGGUUUAUGAUAAAUUAAGUAUUUCAUUCUUGGUUCAGGCUUGUUUGGACAUAACCAGUCACUUCAUCAACAGGGAACUGUCAUGUCUUCCAUGGCAAUUCUUGCAAUUGUUGCUUUAUGCUUAUGGUUGGUGGUAAAGUUUCUGAACUUGCAAAGCUCUCCAUCCAUACCUUCCAUAACAUGCAAGGACCAGAAAUUCUGUGAGAACAUUAUCAAACACUGCCCAGAUCUGCUGAAACCGUACGUGCCCACGCCGCUGUGGGGCCUCUCGGGCCACCUGCAGACCAUCGUGCACGCCGUGGUGGGCCGCGUGCGCACCCGACAGCGCGAGAGUGUGCGCCGCUUCUCCCGUCUGGCGGACGGCGCCACGCUCACCUGGGACGAAUGGACGCCGCUGGACGAGCACCCGGCCGCAGGCGACUACACGAUCGCCGUGUGUCCGGGUAUCGGCAACUCGAGUGAGACGGUGUACAUCUGGUCGUUUGUGCACUACGCGUGCAUGCACGGCUACCGGUGUGUGGUGCUCAACCACCUGGGCGCGCUGCGCUCGGUCAAGGUCACCUCGCCGCGCAUCUUCUGCUACGGUCGUACUGAGGAGCUGGACGUGAUGCUCAAGUCGCACGUGACGCGCUACCCGACCACCCAGAUGGUGCUGGUCGGCUUCUCCAUGGGCGGCAACAUCGUCACCAAGUACAUGGGCCAGCCGGGCGUUCGGCGCGCGCCCAACAUACUCGGCGCCGUGUCCAUCUGCCAGGGAUAUGACGCCCAGAGGUGCGUGAGCUCGCUGCUCUGGUGGCGCGAGUUCCGCCGCUUCUACCUGCACAUGAUGACCGAGAACAUGAAGAGCAUCAUCAUGCGCCACCGCGGCGUGCUCUUCACGGAGGACGCCAAGGCGCGGCACCAGCUGGACGAGCGCAAGGUGUUCAUGGCGGCCACACUCAGCGAGUUUGACGAGGCAUACUCAAGACGUGUGAACGGCUACAAGACGCUGGAGGAGUUUUACCGUGACAACAGCUCUCUGACCUUCCUCGACGGCAUCGACGCGCCGAUGGUGUUCAUCAACUCGCGCGACGACCCCAUCGUGCCCAGCGUUAUACUGGAGGACGUGCGCCGGCACUGCAAGAGCCACGACCGGACUCUGCUGGUGGAGACGGAGCACGGCGGCCACCUGGGCUUCUACGAGGGCGGCUUCCUGGUGCCCCACUCGGUGACCUGGAUGGACCGGCUGGUGGUACAGAUGGCUCACAGCCUCGUCAGCGGUGCCUGAGCCGCCGGCGGGCCGCGUGGGCCGACCUGACCUGACCCGACCUGACCGGGAGGGCCCCGACGGCCGGGCGGGUGCGGGCCGACCUCCCGCAGCCAGGCAGCGAACCUCGCGGCGCUCGGGCCGCCACAGCCAAAUUCCGCGCACUUCCAGAUAGGUAGCGUGAAGCGCGUCUCAUCUACUAGUCCUUGUAAUGGCAGGAUCCGCUGGAGAUGUGUGUACAUUGAAAAACCGCAGGCUGGUUAAUCUCUGAGCUUCAGUCUCAGUGGUAUAGGGUGCAUUGGUUUCACAUGUUACUCCAGAACGCACAAGAAACGCAUUAUUUAUGAAUGCUUUGUUUGGGUUGCACUGAGUCUGUUUCGCCUAUGGCUGCCAUGACAUGAAAAGCGUGCUUUUAGUGCGACUUCGCCAUCCUGAUGUGAUAUUGAUUGUGUUAAUCAGAUAAAUUGGCUUAUAGUGCAAUGUUUCAUCUGGUUUCUCUUCUUGCUCGUAAGAUCUGCUGCAUUUCGGGAACAAUGCACAAAGUUCACGCUCAUAGGGCAUUUGAAUGUGGCACCUUUCGUUUUGCUCUCGCCUGGUUCUUCUUUGAUUGCACCAGUUUCAAGCUUGCUAAUGUGCAGCGCACAAUCAGUCAAUGCUUCUUUCUAAUCGGACGCUUGUUCCUUUUAUUGUCAUCAGUAUGUGCACAUUACCAACGGUGUUAGGCUGCGUGUUUAAGCGACAGCAAUUACGUGUUUUCAUUUAUGUUGAAUACAUAUUUAUCCAUGCUUUC